CCUUACUUGGCCCAUUCCCCACUACUGAAAAGGAGGAUUGCCCAGUGAAUACGCUGCAUAUCAAAUUGAACUCUAAAGCAGGAAUUUUACUCUCUGGGGCAUGAAUACUGAGCUACUCAGUCCUGUGCUGUGCUACCUGUACCCUUCAAAGGAAGAGUGAUGGCCACAGCAGCAGCUUCUCACUUGAACCUGGAUGCUCUCCGGGAAGUGCUAGAAUGCCCCAUUUGUAUGGAGUCCUUCACGGAAGAGCAGCUGCGACCUAAGCUCCUGCACUGUGGUCAUACCAUCUGCCGCCAGUGCCUGGAGAAGCUCCUGGCCAGUAGCAUCAAUGGUGUCCGCUGUCCCUUUUGCAGCAAGAUUACCCGCAUAACCAGCCUGACCCAGCUCACAGACAACCUGACUGUGCUGAAGAUCAUUGACACAGCUGGACUCAGUGAGGCUGUAGGGCUGCUAAUGUGCCGCGCUUGUGGGCGGCGGCUGCCCCGGCAGUUCUGCCGGAGCUGUGGCUUGGUGUUGUGUGAGCCCUGCCGGGAAGCAGACCACCAACCUCCUGGCCACAGUACACUUCCUGUCAAAGAGGCAGCUGAGGAGCGGCGUCGAGACUUUGGAGAGAAGUUAACCCGUCUGAGGGAGCUCAUGGAAGAGCUGCAGCGGCGGAAAGUAGCCUUAGAAGGCGUGUCCAAGGACCUUCAAGCAAGAUAUAAAGCAGUUCUUCAGGAGUACGGGCAUGAGGAGCGCAGGGUCCAGGAUGAGCUGGCCCGUUCUCGGAAGUUUUUCACAGGUUCUUUGGCUGAAGUUGAGAAGUCCAAUAGUCAAGUUGUUGAGGAACAGAGUUACCUGCUUAACAUUGCAGAGGUCCAGGCGGUGUCUCGCUGCGACUACUUCCUGGCCAAGAUCAAGCAGGCAGAUGUGGCACUCCUGGAGGAGACAGCUGAUGAGGAAGAGCCAGAGCUCACUGCCAGCUUGCCCCGGGAGCUCACCCUACAAGAUGUGGAGCUCCUUAAGGUAGGUCAUGUCGGCCCCCUCCAAAUUGGGCAGGCAGUUAAAAAGCCCCGAACAGUAAACAUGGAAGAUUCCUGGGCCAUGGAGGCUGCAGCUUCUGCUGCCUCUACUUCUGUUACAUUUAGAGAGAUGGACAUGAGCCCUGAGGAAGUAGUUGCCAGCCCUAGGGCCUCACCUGCUAAACACCGAGGUCCUGAGGCCACUUCUAAUAUCCAGCAGUGCCUAUUUCUCAAGAAGAUGGGGGCCAAAGGCAGCACUCCAGGAAUGUUCAAUCUUCCAGUCAGUCUGUAUGUGACCAGUCAAGGGGAGGUGCUGGUUGCUGACCGUGGUAACUACCGCAUACAAGUCUUUACUCGCAAAGGAUUUUUGAAGGAGAUCCGCCGCAGCCCCAGUGGCAUUGAUGGCUUUGUGCUAAGCUUCCUGGGGGCUGAUUUGCCUAAUCUCACUCCUCUCUCAGUGGCCAUGAACUGCCAUGGGCUGAUUGGUGUGACUGACAGCUAUGACAACUCCCUCAAGGUAUAUACCUUGGAUGGCCACUGCGUGGCCUGUCACAGAAGCCAGCUGAGCAAACCAUGGGGUAUCACAGCCCUGCCAUCUGGUCAAUUUGUGGUAACUGAUGUGGAAGGGGGAAAGCUUUGGUGUUUCACUGUUGACCGAGGAGCAGGGGUGGUCAAAUACAGCUGCCUCUGCAGUGCUGUGCGGCCCAAGUUUGUCACCUGUGAUGCUGAAGGCACCGUCUACUUCACCCAGGGCUUAGGCCUCAAUCUGGAGAAUCGGCAGAAUGAGCACCACCUGGAGGGUGGCUUCUCCAUUGGCUCUGUGGGCCCUGAUGGGCAUCUGGGUCGCCAGAUUAGCCACUUCUUCUCAGAGAAUGAGGACUUCCGCUGCAUUGCUGGCAUGUGUGUGGAUGCUCGUGGUGACCUCAUCGUGGCUGACAGUAGUCGCAAGGAAAUCCUCCAUUUUCCUAAGGGUGGGGGCUUUAGUGUCCUUAUUCGAGAGGGACUCACCUGUCCUGUGGGCAUUGCUCUCACCCCUAAGGGACAGCUGUUAGUCUUGGAUUGUUGGGAUCAUUGUAUCAAGAUCUACAGCUAUCAUCUGAGAAGAUAUUCCACCCCCUAGGGUAUAAGAAAUACCAAUUUCUUCUGCUUCCCAGCCAACUUCCCUUCCCUUAGACCUUGGUUGGUGGCACCAUAAAGUAGACUUGGCCUAUGUCUUGUCUCUAACUGGGAGUCCUAGAAUUUUAGUAUUUUAGUGUUUUUUAUUUGUUAAGCCUCCUUCCCUUCCAUUCCACCCCCGCCUAAAUUUAAAGCUUUGAUAAAUGCAUUGUCCCAAAUAGCGCACAUGAUGGUGUUAGCUGAAGUUGAAUUAGAAAUUAGGCACUUCCAAGGCUUCAGUAGAAACACCCACUCUGACUUCUUGUCCCUGUGUUUGAAAUGUGCCCUUGUAUUGAAACCCUGUUGAUAUUUCUCCUUUUGGCUUUGAUGUCCCUGGUCCAUUGUUUCUUUCCUAUAAUAAUGUGCUUUAUCUGUGACACUUUGUCUUCAACUCUGGUUGCAUUCAGUAUGCAUGCUUCAGUGGAAUCUGCUCUGCCUUUCAGUGAUAUUUCAGAAAUCAUAUCCCUGUAGCAUGAUACUUCAGGUCAGAUCACCUUUGCCAGUGUGAAAGCUCAUUCAUUUAGUACCACCAAGGGAUAUAAUACCAUACCUCUUGGCUGAGGACUGUGCCAUCUUGGAUUGGAUUCUUAUUGCAGAUGUAACAAAAAAAUGGAUUAACCCUAGUUGGUUACUGUUGAAACUUCAGCAUGGACAUUUCUUGCCUUCUAAAGGAUCAUAUGGAUUGUAAAAAAGCCAAGACAUAGAAAGAUGGCAAUAAACAAAUAUAAAUGCUGAUACAGCCAACAAACUUGUAUAGUUUCUAGGGCACAUCAUUUUUCAUCUACCUCUCUCCAGUGACCUGUGUUAAGACUGUCUGCAGAAUUGUAAAGCACAGUGGGGAGGUGGACACAUCUCAUUUUCAUUACUAAAACAAUAGAAAUGUUUGGUGGUUAUUCUGUAUUUUCCUCAAGUGACUGCAUACUAUUUGAUUUAAGGAUUGAUUUCUGUUCCUCUAUCAAGCAUUAAAUCAUUGAUAACUGUUUCUUCAAAAGUGGU